AUGGAGUUGAAAGAAGAGCAAGUAUGCCCCCAGUAACGUAUUACGGCCACCCUUACCGGGAGGCAAUACACACCGUCAAUUUUAGGGAAGUCGUAUAUAGAAACUAAUUUCAAGCAUUUGGCUGUCUGGUUCUCUCUAAAUCUCCUUUACGUCUUCGCACCAGAAGGAGGAUUAGUGUGAGGACGACUAGAUUGCAGCUGAAGGAAGCUGGCAUACCGUCGACUGCUAAUUUUUUUAGUCCAUUGGCGGUGCGCUGAAGUCUCUAGUAAUUAGAACUUUAUGGUGGCUACCUACUUUCUUGACCAAAUGGAAGUGUGACUCUUCAUAUGCACUCGGGAGGAAUUCUAGGUUUUGUUCUUUAGUCUUUUUAUCAUUGCCCAGACGGAUUCAUAUUUAAGGGAGGAAGUACGAGCUCGUUCAGCUCCCGAAAUUCCUAUCCUUACAUAUACGAUUACCCUACCGCUCUGUCUAUUUUGACGGCCACUACGAAAGUGCAGGUUGCCCUGUACGGAAAUUUCAGUACCCGCGAUUUCACCUUUGCGCCGUGUUUCUGCUACGGCAACGACAUCGGGGUUCGUCGAUUUUUGAAACGAGAGUUCGAGCAUUAUUUGCAAAACUCUUAAUCUGGUCUGAGUAAUUCCGGUAUACAGGCGCCUGUCCAUUUCAUGGGAUUGAAUGCAAAAGCCUGCCGGUGCGGAUCGGGAUGAACUGUUGUCCAUCGCCCCUAAUCUGUUAUGGCUAUAGGUUUUCUACAGAGAAAUAACCCCUAGACAUGGGUAAUUUUCCUAUCCAGUAUAUUGAGAUUGCUGUCAUACAGGCUGAUACUUCUGAGGACUUCCGCACUUGGCCCCCUCUAUUUUUCUCUCUCCUGAGGGUGGAAAUCCUGCUAAAAACUGUUGCGUUUGUCAUUUCGGAAUGCGGGCUUGCUGUUUAACAUUAGAUGAGCUUGUUCAUCAUUCCGGGAGACAAUUUUAGCGAUAUCGGUCGGUCUCACUCCUCUUUUAAAUUCUUAUUCGGCCCGUCCUGAAAGACUUUAGUAUGGUGACUUUCUCAUCUUUUUUAAGAGGAAUUUCAUAUAUUGAUAGAAUAUUACCAUGUCAUGAUGUAUUCUGUGAUGGGAUGUCGGACGAAGACUCGGACACGCCCAUUAUGACAAAUUGAAUGUCUUGUGGCUUAUUGCUACGUUCAGAAAUGCCAACACGGAUAUCCCGGUUGCCGACUUCUUCUGAUUUAGGAAGGUUUGGUGUCGCGCAACCAGGAUAUAGCAUUACCUUCUAAUACUGAGCAAACACGGAUGUAGGUUUUGGCAUUGUGAAGCACACUGCCUCCAGUCCUUUUUCGCUGUAGAAGAAGUCACAGUAACAGUCGCUCUCAAUCUUGUAGAGGGAUUCUGUCAUCCCCAUCGCCGAUGGUUUGGGUAUCAGAAUGCACCGUCGCAUGGUAGCAGGCUCCUUCAUUUUGUAGUUAGUACCUAAUGAACCUAGGGAACUAUUUUUAAAGGCAAGGCUUACUUCUCACAUAAAACUUUAAUCGACUGGCAUAAGACCUGAUCUGAGAAAUCAUUUCGAGGAGCCCUUGGCCGGCUUCGUCUUCAGAGCGGCGGAAUUUGAGGUAUGCAGACACCAACUUCCGGUCACAGAUGCGGUUGUGCAGCAUGUAUACCGACCUGACGUGAACUUUGCCACCAAAUUUCAUCGCAGUGAAUCUUGCCGGGCAGCCAGGCCGCAUUAGUCUGACACGUUGAUAUUUAACUGAAAAGCAUUUGCUUGGUUAUUUGACUAAAAUUUCCCUGAAGACGCCUGCAUCCGUGGAUGCAGGCGAAGUAGAUGGAUGCGUUUUUUAAUGAGCUAAAUCCAGGGUGGUCCAGCGGCAGCCUGCUGCUGUGGGAAAUUCCAAAGCUAUAGUUCGCUGCCUGGGAUUUUGGGGCAGGUAAUGGCACUUUGACUUACCUUCGCGUACUCUCUGGACAGCUGAGAAGCUACCUAGCCCGUAGUUUGUGACCACUGUAGAAUCAUUGUUUCCAACAGCUGCUGACGUCCGAGAACCUCAUGCAAACUCCCCAUGACAAUAUCUAAUUUUGUCGAAAGUGCUCCCAUGUGUUUACACACCAGAAGCAAGAUAUCCUCCUGAUCAUUAGGUGGUUGCACUGCCGAAAUUAGGGAAUUCAUUGAAUACCAGGCGUACACGUGUACGUGGAUGUACAUCCACCCCGAUCGCAGAGUAUGUUCUUGCCGCAUACUAUUCUGCUACCAAUCGUUAUGCACCUAUUGGCCGGUGUGAUGUCCAUACGAUACCUGCCAUUGACCAGGCAUUAGUAUUGCCAACUGUCUUCAUAGCCUGCAGGUAUUGGUCUAGCGUUAUGCUCAAGAAGGAAUCUUGUUAUAUGAGGCCUUGAAGGAUCGCGCAUGACUACCUCCACCUCGCUUAAACGCCUGGAUAUCUGUUAUAGAGGCCGUGACGGACUUCUAAACAAUUUCUUGAAUCUGCCUAAAAACUUUCGAGGGGAAAAGACGAGAAUGACUGCAAUGCACCGCGACGCUCUACUUUAUCCGCCGUGUACAUUAGACUAUGAACAUUGUAAACCAUGUGCUCCUCACCGUAGGGAGUCGAAAACUCGCGACUUAAUUAUGGGAAACAGACAUUCGGUGAAAUCUUCUGGCAAAGACGCGCAGUCGAUGGCGUUGUUUAUUUCAGUCUAAGACAUAUUCAAAAGUGAAGACUUCUUUGGGCAAUCAAAGCAAGCAAAAAUGUUAGUGGAUUCAUUGAAUACCAAACGUACACAUCCAUCUUGGUCGGAAUUUUUUUUAAUAUACUGUCUUACUACCAAUGCCGCUGCGUCUAUUGGCCAGUUUGAUGUCAAUGCGAAAGCUGUCUGUGAACAGGCAUUCGUAUUACUGACUGCUUUCGUAUCCGGGAGGUAUUCUUCUCGCGUGAUGCCCAUGAAGUAAUCUUUUUAAUAGAGGCCUGGAUGGGUCGCGCGCAGUUAUCUCCACCUCGCUUAGACGUCUAGGUACCUGUUUUAGAGGUCGUGAAGGACUUCUAAGUAACGUCUUCAAUAUACCUAAAACUGUGUUCGCAGUGCCUCUCUGGCCUGUAGGCGCCACCCCUUAUGGUUGGUGACUGACGGUUUCACACGUCCUAAGGAAAUGUUUCCAAACUGACCGAGUGCAGACGGCAUUUUUGCUCUACCGAAUACCCCUUGUGGAGUUUCUGAAGGUUCUCAAGGGUAUCUGCGAGCCUGGCGCGAUGUUUCAAUCUGCACAAAGAUUUUUGUGUCAGUGUCUCUCUACAGUUUUGCAUUUAAGGCUGCUUGGGUGACAGACAAACGAAGAUUAUGCUUUCCAACCACCGAUACUAGGUGAGAUUUGCAUGCUUUGCCUCAACUGAGAGCCAUUAUCCGCUACGACAACUGCAGUAAGAUAUUCCAAGUCAUCCACAAGGACGACUAACAUUGUUUACACACGCUUUUCUUCAUCCACUCCUCGAGUUUGAUGCCGUUGUCCCAAAUUCAGCGCCAUCUUAUUAGUAGCGAUGAGUGGGGAGUCCGUUCGAAGACUGACCACACUUUGUGUUACUGAUGUGGAGGUGGUUCCUGUGUGCCGUCUUCACCUUUGGUGGAGAGAGCGGGUCGACCUUGCCAGGUCCGCCGCUGCAGAUCUCGGGAGGCCUGCCAGCUAAGACAUGGUGUUAGCGCUCACGCAUAUAUAGCAGUCAGUUGCCCGUCUUUGACAUCGCCAUGCGUCCCUUGUUACUCCAAUCCGGUUCCUUACUCUUAACUGUCUCUAGCAGUUUUUUUCUUUAAGCGUGGUAGAAUGGAAAUAAAUCGCAAUAGUUGUGUAUACACUCCGCAAUACUGGUACGUCUCUCCUCUUGCUUUUCGAGACCCCUUUCCAGCGAAGAGAACGUCUACAAGCUGCUAGAGAAUAUCCAACUGACUUCAGAAUCGGACUUUUACGCUGUAUUCAUCUCGAAUCCGAAGAAGUUCGAAUUUCUUUCAUGCUAAAUUGUAUAAUCUCUUCAGACAGGUGCCAUUAUUCUUCCAAAAGAAGGGUGAUGCCAAUGAAGACAAUUUAGUUGUCUGGGUAGGAUGGAUUCCUCUUUUAUGUCUGAUGGAAUCGACAUUCUUAGGACUACCACGUUAUUGCCAUUGAGCAACUACCAGCGUCCAGUAUUGUCUACGACCUGGACACAACCUUAGACUUUCCGAUCUCUUUCAAAGAUUACUGGAGUAAGGCUGUUCGUCCGAAUCAUUGUUUUCGAGAACCCUUCUUCAGGUAAUAAGCUGGGUUUUUUUAUGCUAUGCAACGGCUCAUUAUUCCAUUGUUCGCUUGUGUUAAUGUCAUUGGAGCGAGCCGCUAUCGUAAAGUGGAGCUUGAAUUUGCUAGGUAUCCUAUCAAUUGCUUUUCUGCUUAAUCAUCUUUCGAAUGCUGCCCUGUCCACAUAUGGGAUCAUAGAAAGAUUCAAUUCCUGGUCUCAGCGCAGGCGAUUUCAGCGUAUUAAAGAAUAUGUAAGGAUUACUAGGAGAGUGUUUGCAGUCAUUAACCUCAAACGCCUAUCCUUGCUCCAGCAACAUUCCACUAGUUAAUGGAUCUGAGUGCUCUGGUGGUAAUCCCUCUCCAAGUAGCGAAAUGUCCACAGAGUCAUGACCUACUGGCGAGCGUCACCGUGCUUUUACUCGGGUUUUGAAGGGACGCCAUAACUGUUGCUGGAGGGAGGCGUAGCCACUUGACCCUCUCAGUCGUCGUGUCUAUGGCUGCGACAAUUGGCGACCCAACGCCAUGCAUACACCUACCGUUAAUGCGGAUGACUGUCAUUGCAUUUUACCAAUAUCAUCUACAACUGAAUGUGUUUGAGUUUCGGUCCUGCAUCUCCAACCAAAUAUAUUCUGUUACGUGUAUAUAUUACUGACAACAUUUUAGUACCGUGUUUAUUUAAAGUUGCAUAUUACAUGUACCGUUUACGAUAGGGUUUUCAAAGGCAUUGCCUAUUACCCUUAAAAUAUACUGACCUAUACUGACUUGACCCGAAUACUGGUGGUCUAGCAAUCACUGCACAAAUUACGGUCAUAUACGGCGAAUACGAGGGGGAAUGCUAAUAGGUAUGGGAUCGCAAUAGCAAUUGGAUCCUGUAUCUUCUGAAACUACUGUGUGCCCAACAUCCGUGCCUGCUGCUCACUCUGCUGGCGGUUUCGAGAGUUAAUUUAAAAUCUCGGACUGCAGCCACCGGGCGUCUUUCUCCUCUGCUUUACGAAAUCUGCCCUUUCGCUUGUAUCGUACCCUAACCGCCGCAUCGGGAUUCAAGUCCCUCUUGGGGGCUAAAUGAAGUCGCAGGGGGGAUAUAUUCUCCAUGGAAUGACCGUUGUGCCAUACUGGCGGACAGUGUGUUCUAGCAGGGCCUGAUUGCGCGAGUGGACAGACAUGUGACAACAAGUAAAACACCAGCGAGGACCGUUUGGUUUGCGUGUCCGGGACUGUAAUCUCGGGUGGUGUGGCCUGCUAGGUCAAAACUUCUGGACAGGUCGACCUGGGUGCCUGCCGGGCGCGGAACUUAUCGCACUAGUGGAUUGCCUACGUUCUUAAGGAUAGCCUCUGCAUUCCUUGCAUCUCCACAUUAUAGUGCAGGAUUGUCAGUGGAUUCCGUAUGUGUCAGUUUGCAAAGGCCAAGGAGUUCUAUUUUGGCUUCAGUUCACUGUUGCCAUUUCUAAACUUUAUGGGAAUAUGACCGCUGUUGUUUUAGAGACAGUCAUAUCUGUUUUAAGUAGCCUAGACGGCACCCAUUUUUGCUUUUUUUAGUCUAUGUUUAUAGUUUCGGAUCAAUAUAAUUGUCCUCUGAGUAAUCUUUUUCAUAAGUCCGGUUAAUUCGGGCCAGUGUAGGAAGGGAAUGUAGGGUACGCAUUUUCGGGUUUAUUUUCGUCGCCAGGUAUCCAUACCUACAUAAUCUGUGGACCGGAGUAUUAACUACACUGCGGCUGUUUACAUGCUACUCCAGUUUCAGACCUCUAAUCCCUACAAUGCCCUGCGACUGGUUCGCAUUAGGUUUUUUUCAGAAAGUGCCCGAAAAAAUGGGACCAGUCCAUCAGCCUAGCGUCAAAGGUUAUCGGACGGUAGGUCAACCUUCGGCUAAUACUUGUUGAGACGUGAAUUGGCUUUCAGAUCUGACGAAUAAGCAGUCGUUGAACAUGUGGCGGUAAAACCGCCAAAUCUCUUGCCACAGCAGUAUUGCGAAGUGGCCAGUAUUUUCUAUUAUCCAGUAGUGCCUCCCCCGUUGUCCGACUAAUAACAAAGUCCUAAAUUGGUGCGUCGGAGAAGUGGAUACAAACGUCCACCUUUGAAUCCCGCAGAUACAGAAGUCAUAUAUCCCUCAAACCUCCCUCACAACUGCUGCACGGCGGACGACAAUUUAAUCAAGUUCUCGAACGACUGGAGGAACUUGGCCCGCCUGAGGUGACAAUGAGUUACUGGUCCUGAGAUAGUCCAUUUUCUGGCUAACAAGAAUGGGUGUCGAACUGUCAGUUCGACCGAAAGAUGGCUUCCCCUCAAGAUAUUUUUAACACCUCCAAAUUCGGCCACCAUCUUACUGAUGCAACGUCAGUCUAGUGUGAUGGAGUUGUGCUUUGAAUCCAGGUGGGGUCAUAUCUUCCUUUGACUGCUCUGCUUGACUUGUCUUUUUUAACUCAAGAAUUUCUCAUUUACCCGAAGGUUGUCUUUACCUUUUGCUUCUCCCUAGAUUUUUCAGAGUUGUAGGUAGGACUUGUUUCUUAAACAAUUUCGCGUCCGAUCGCAGCCACAUGCUCGUCGACAGAGACCCAGCGCGUUGGCUUGCUCCUCCACCCACGUACGUCCCCAUCCAUGGUGUAG